AUGGCAACACGAGGUCCGCAAACAAAAGUUCAAAAAGUUAUGGUUCAACCCAUUAACUUAAUCUUUCGAUAUUUACAAAAUCGAUCACGUAUACAAGUCUGGUUAUAUGAACAAGCAACAACACGUAUUGAAGGUUAUAUAAUUGGUUUUGAUGAAUACAUGAAUCUUGUUUUGGAUGAUGCCGAAGAAAUUUUAAUAAAAAAAAAUCAACGAAAGAAAAUUGGAAGAAUUUUACUUAAAGCAAAUCUACCAGAUCCGCGCCGUUUCUUUAUUAUGGAACAACCCAUUGGGAGUCCGACCCGUUCAACAUAUAGAGGAUCACAUAUUUUUGGUUUUGCGGCCAAAUAUUCUGGUCUACCAAUUGAUCAAUUCAAUUUCUUCCUGGCAGAAAUCUUGGCAUUAAUUUUCGCAAUAUGUUUUCGACGUUAUUUGCCACCUAAACCAAACAAUCUAAUUAAAAGACAUCUCGUCGCAAGUCUUCUUGGUAUUGCACUUGGUCAAUUUUGUUUUGGCUCACAAAUCUGGCAUCUAAUUCUUCAAUCAUGUAUUUCAUAUUUAAUGCUUUGCAUUAUACCUCCAAAACAUUCUUACAAAGUUGUGUUUAUCUUUUGUAUGCUUUACAUGAGUGCUAUUCAUAUACAUCGUUUAAUCUAUGAUUAUGGAAAUUAUACACUAGAUAUUAGUGGACCAUUAAUGAUCAAUACACAAAAAUUAACAGCACUUGCAUUUUCAUUCUAUGACGGUUACCGUUCUAAACAACGUGCUAAACGUCGUCGACCAGAUGACGAUAAUGAAACUCCAGCAUUAACUGAAGAUCAAGACAAACAAAAAAUUCUUGAUAUUCCACAUCCAAUUGAAUUUUUAAGUUAUGUUUUUUAUUUUCACGGAAUAUGCGUUGGUCCAUUAUGUUUCUAUAAAGAUUAUCUUGAUUACAUCGAAGGACGUAAUUUACUUGUUAUUCCAACAAGUACUUCACAACAAACUCAAUCACAAGAUACACCCAAUGAAUAUCAUGCUGAAACAAUGCAACCAUCGACAUUUUGGCCAGUAUUUACAAAAAUUUCUCAAUGUUUAGCAUGGGGUUAUAUAUUUAUAAAUUAUACAUCCGUUUAUAAGAUCGAAUAUAAUAUAAGUCAAGAAAUGGUUAAUUCACCAUUUUUUAAACGAUUACAAUAUUUAUUAUUUUCAACAUUCUGUAAUCGAGCAAAAUAUUAUUUUGCUUUUCUUCUAUCGGAAGCUAUUAAUAAUGCUGGUGGGCUUGGAUUAAAUGGUGUUGAUGAAAAAGGACGACCAAAAUGGAACCUUUUAACAAAUGUUAAACCAUUACAAUUAGAAACUGCUACAAGUUUAAAAGUUAUUUUAGACAAUUGGAAUAUACAAACGACUACAUGGCUUCGUCGUAUUUGCUAUGAUCGAUUGAAACAAGGUCGCACCUUAGGUGUUUUCGUUCUAUCUGCACUUUGGCAUGGAUUCUAUCCUGGUUAUUACGUUUGCUUUAUAUUAGCUGCUUUUGAAACAUAUGCUGGCCGGGGUAUUCGACGUCAAAUACGUCCUCAUUUUCAAAAGAAUGAAGUAACAAAAGCUAUUUACGCUUGUAUUACAUGGUUCGGUAGUCAACUUGCGUUGAAUUUUGCAGUAACACCAUUUGUUUUAAUGGAAGUUCAAAAAGUUUGGUAUUUUUAUAAAACAUGGUAUUUUAUUGUACCAGUUGUAUCAGUUGUACUUGCGUUAACAUUAAAAGGAGCAAGUACAAAAGAUGCAAAGAAGCCACAACCAGCAAAAGAAACUGACAAGACAAAGUCAAAUUAA